UCCACCAUGCUUCACUGAAGAAGACAGAUUUAGUCUGGAAGCGCUUCAGACAAUCCAUAAACAAAUGGAUGACGACAAGGACGGAGGGAUAGAAGUGGACGAGAGUGACGAAUUAUGUGAAAUAGGUGGUUCCAAGGUUGAUGGUGACAGACCUCACUGUAUAGCCUCAGCUGUUUAUCUGUUGGGAGUCAUUUGAGAAGGGAGAGUCACUUAUGAGAUUAGAAAUUAAGAUCAGAAAAAAGGAGAAGAUGCAUUUUCAAGAAAGUUUAUAAGAGAAGAUAUGAAAUAUAAAGAUGCUUCGAAUAAGCAUAGUCAUCUGCACAGAGAAGAUAAGCACAUAACUGUUGAGGAUUUGUGGAAACAGUGGAAAACAUCAGAAGUUCAUAAUUGGACCCUUGAGGAUACCCUGCAGUGGUUGAUAGAAUUUGUUGAACUCCCGCAAUAUGAGAAGAAUUUUAGGGAUAAUAAUGUGAAGGGAACAACACUUCCCAGGAUAGCAGUUCAUGAAACUUCAUUUAUGAUUUCCCAGUUGAAAAUCAGCGACCGGAGUCACAGACAGAAACUUCAACUCAAAGCACUCGAUGUGGUUUUGUUUGGGCCUCUGACACGCCCACCUCAUAACUGGAUGAAGGAUUUUAUUCUCACAAUUUCCAUAGUAAUUGGUGUUGGGGGGUGUUGGUUUGCUUAUACACAAAAUAAGACAUCAAAGGAACAUGUUGCAAAAAUGAUGAAAGACCUAGAGAGUCUACAAACUGCAGAGCAAAGUCUCAUGGACUUACAAGAGAGACUUGAAAAGGCACAGGAAGAAAACAGAACUGUUGCUGUAGAAAAGCAAAAUCUAGAGCGAAAAAUGAUGGAUGAAAUCAACUAUGCCAAGGAGGAGGCCUGUCGGCUGAGAGAGCUGAGGGAAGGUGCAGAGUGCGAGCUGAGCAGACGCCAGUAUGCAGAGCAGGAGCUGGAGCAGGUCCGCAUGGCUCUAAAAAAGGCUGAAAAGGAGUUUGAAAUGAGAAGCAGCUGGUCUGUUCCUGAUGCACUUCAGAAAUGGCUUCAGCUAACACAUGAAGUUGAAGUACAGUACUACAAUAUUAAGAGACAGAAUGCUGAGAUGCAGCUAGCCAUCGCCAAGGACGAGGCAGAAAAAAUUAAAAAGAAGAGAAGCACAGUCUUUGGGACCCUGCAUGUUGCACAUAGCUCCUCCCUGGAUGAAGUAGAUCACAAGAUUCUGGAAGCCAAGAAAGCGCUCUCUGAGCUGACGACGUGUUUGAGAGAACGGCUUUUUCGCUGGCAGCAGAUUGAGAAGAUCUGUGGCUUUCAGAUAGCUCACAACUCUGGGCUCCCCAGUCUUACCUCCUCUCUGUACUCUGACCACAGCUGGGUGGUGAUGCCUAGAGUCUCCAUUCCACCCUACCCUAUUGCUGGAGGAGUCGAUGACUUAGAUGAAGACACACCCCCAAUAGUGUCACAGUUUCCAGGAACUGUGCCUAAACCUGCUGGGUCUUUAGCCAGGAGCAGUAGUUUAUGCCGCUCUCGUCGAAGCAUUGUGCCAUCCUCCCCACAGUCCCAGCGAGCUCAGCUUCCUCCACAUGCUCCUCUGGUAGCCCACCCUCGGCAUCCUCACCAUCCCCAGCAUCCCCAGCACUCACUACCUUCCCCAGAUCCAGACAUUCUGUCUGUGUCAAGUUGCCCUGCUCUGUAUCGGAAUGAAGAGGACGAGGAGGCCAUCUACUUCACUGCUGAAAAACAAUGGGAAGUACAGGACACAGCUUCAGAGUGUGACUCCUUGAACUCUUCCAUUGGAAGGAAACAGUCUCCUCCUUCAAGCCUUGAGAUAUACCAAACAUUGUCUUCUCGAAAGAUAUCAAGAGAUGAGCUUUCCCUGGAGGAUUCUUCCAGGGGGGAUUCGCCAGUGACAGCAGAUGUCUCCCGGGGCUCCCCUGAGUGUUUGGGCCUGACAGAAACCAAGAGCAUGAUCUUCAGUCCUGCCAGCAAAGUGUACAAUGGCAUCUUGGAGAAAUCCUGUAGCAUGAACCAACUUUCUAGUGGCAUCCCGGUGCCUAAACCUCGACACACAUCAUGUUCCUCAGCUGGCAAUGACAGCAAGCCAGUUCCGGAAGCCUCGAAUGUUUCCAGAAUAAGCAGCAUCCCACAUGACCUUUGUCAUAAUGGCGAGAAAAGCAAAAAGCCAUCAAAAAUCAAAAGUCUUUUCAAGAAGAAGUCUAAGUGACUCAGCGACUUGAUGGAAUUCCGUUCAAGUGGCAUCUGUGAACUUUAUCUCCCACCCUCCACUCCGUUUUUAUUUUUAUUUUAGGAAUGUAACUCCAUUGGGGCUUUCCAGAGUUGAUGCCAUAGUGGAAAUGUCCUUAAGGGCAACUGUCUACUGUCUGAUGAUUUAACAGACUACGCCAUCAAUUUAUCAAGGCCGCCAUUACUGAAGAGUCAUCGAGAGGAGACAGUUUACAGUUAUUUCCGCCUAUUUAUUUCUGCAUUGAUGUUAGUGAUGUAUACACAGCAUUCUGUUGAAAGCCGCUAUGGACUUACAAGCUUUAAUGGACUGUAAGCCAGCAUGGGCUUGCAAAAAUUUCUUGUUUACCAGAAUAUCUUCUUAUCUUUCCACAGAGCUGUUUCCAUCAUGGACUAAAUAACUUAAAAGAAGUAAAACUAAUUGCACUACUGUUUUCCAGACUGGAAACAAAAAAAUCUCUGCAAGUAAAACUGUAUAGAGUUUAUAAAAUGACUGUGGAUAGGGGACUGUUUUCACUUUUAGAUCCAAAUGGGUUUUUAAGUAGAAACUAGAGUUUCUAAUUGACUUGCUUUCUGGAAAUGAAAACCCACACUUUUAUUAUGGGACGCUUCUUCAAAUGCAUUUAUUAUAAAGUUUCAAGUCCUGCUGUAAAGAUCAUGUUUUGUUUUCCCAGGGCUUUCACUGUGAUUUACUGCACUGCAGGCUGUAUGAUAAAAUAUAAAUAAUGUAAAGAGAGAAGGCUCUUGAUUCCUUAUACACAUGAAGAGUUAAAACUUGAUGGAAGGACUUAAAACAUUCACAUGCUUAAACUGAGAUGGGGGUGGGGAAUCAGGCACUUGUUUACAGACUUUGAAUAAAUGCAAAGGAUUUAUGGUUUGAAAAAUUUGUACUGUGGAAAAGAUAAUAAAUUGGAGACAUUAUUGUGUGGGAUUGUGCUGAUUUUUGUUGAUAACACUCCACUAAAAACACUGUUUUCUGAAGAGCUAUGUAAGCUGUCCUGUUGCUUAAGUGCAGUAUAAGAAAUAGUGAUGUUUUGGAACUAAGUUGUCAACAGAUUUCUUUGUUUUAUAUUGUUUGUCAUAUUUUUAUGUAGUUUGAAAUGUUUAAAUGUUCUAAUACCAAGAUUAACAAAUAUAAA